GUCUUGACAAAUACGAAGUGUGGAGGCUGCUAUUCUGGAGACUUCUGAGCUCACACGAAAUGAAGCGACUUAUCCGAGUUGUUAAACUGAAGCCGGCAGACUAUCACGUUCUCUCGAUACAGACAAUCUGUCGCAUUCAUGUGAUUCCGUUUUCCUCGAUGUCAGGCCAAGACCAUGUUUCUUUCGGCUGUCGUAGAGGCUCAGUCUGUCUAUCUUACACAACCAUUUGCUUUCCCUCGCAGCACGAAGUUCUUCUAUUUACUCUCUGUCCUUAUCUUUACCGCUAGUUUUGCGCUUAUAAAAGGUAUACUUGGCUUUCAGACCGUUUCUCUAACGGUCUCUGCGGAUCCCGACAGCAUUGACAUUCCUUAUCUUCGACGAAAUCUACCAGCGCUUUGCAUGCCUCGAACUUGGCGUAGUGUUACGUGCCGCGACGAUUUGAUACAGAACGUUGAACAGCAUCAACAAUGGGUAUAUCAUGUGAAGAUCACUUCCAAUAUCGAAGAGGAAUUGUACUGGGAGGCCUGUUGAAAGAGGCAAAAGGUCGUGCUAAUAAGGUG